AUGGCUUCCUCUAUGAUGUCCUCCCCAGCUGUUACCACCGUUAACCGGGGCAGCAUGGUGGCUCCAUUUUCUGGCCUCAAGUCUAUGGCUGGCUUCCCAGUAUGGCCUCGGAUUGGCAAGAAGAAGUUUGAGACUCCAUCCUAUCUGCCACCACUUACACGAGAGCAAUUGUUAAAGGAAGAUGGAUGGAUUCCUUGCUUGGAAUUCGAGUUGGAGGUGAAUUAA